GGGACCGGGCUGGGACGGGGCAGGGAUCGGGCUGAGACCGUGCUGGUAUCGAGCCAGGAUCGGGCUGGGACCGAACUGCGGCUGAGCGGCAACGGCAGAUUCCUGGAGGGAUGUCCAUACUAAAAAUGAGUGAUGUACUUCAGUUACUUAUCUCCGACAGUGACAAGAGCAAGGCAAAGUAAGAUGCAAAAAAUUCAAAAAUCUGCCAAGGAGAACUUCCUGCCUGACUUCACAAUGUCAUGGCUGACUAACUGCACAAAAUCAGAUUCUACCUUUCUGUCUGAAGAUUCCUCUGAGUCAAACUGCCUACGUAAUGUUCUUAGGGCUGUAACUCAAGAAUUUCAUCAGAACUGAUAAAAACCUGCCAAUAACAAAGUUGCAGGAGCCCCUGUCCCACAAUGCCAUCUAUCCAGCUGCCACUGCUACUCCUCUGCUUGACCUCAUGUGGUGUUUGCUUCAAUGGGGGACAUCUUCCAGAGGAGAGUGAGAACAUGGGAAAAAGCCUCCUGAAUGACACCCUUCAGGGAUCUGAAAGCCUCAUUCUUCAGUCAGCCCUCAAGAAAGCUGAAAAGGAAGAAGAGAUUAAUAAAGAAUCAAAUACCCCUCUGCUACAAUGGCUUUCCAAAAGACAACAUCCUGGGAAAAAGUACCUAAGUAACCUGGAGAAGAGACAGCAUCCUGGGAAAAGAGAUGUUGAGGAAGAGACAUCUUAUGGAGACAUCCAGAAGAGGCAGCAUCCAGGAAAAAGAGAGAUGGAAGAUGACCUUGAUGUCUAUCUGGAGCUGAAAAGGCAACAGCCUCCCGGCAGAAAGUCACUGUUGGAUCAGUCUGCUAACAGCCCUAGGGCACAGCCAACCUACAUGAGUGAGUCAUCCAAAAGAGAACAUCCAGGCAGAAGAUAUCCGAUGUACAAGCACCAGCAUCCUAGCAAAAGAGGCUGGAAUUAUGAGGUAGACCUAUACGGUGAGAAACGCCAGCAUCCUGGAAAAAGGUACUGGAAUUCUGACAGCUCAGAUGACACAGGCCCCUGCAACUUUCAGGAGCCAUUCACCUGUCACAAAGGCCGCUUGCUGCUUGAUUUAGUAGAAGAUGUUAGCAGAGACAGGGUAGAAGAAAAGCGUCAGCACCAAGGAAAGAGAUCAGCAUGGGAGACUGAAGCAGAGGAAUGAGAAAAUAAUUGUGUAGCACUUGAAUUUGAUGAAGUAAACUGCCAGAUCACCAGAACAUUCCCUUCACUCCUUUUCUGGCUUCCUGUUGCUGACCUCUGCAUCUGCCUUUCAGUGUGUUAAUGUUCCCAUCCGAGUUAAUGGCUUUGUCACACAUUUCAAGCAAAGGAACUAAAGGACCCAUCUGAAUGGAACAGGGAAGUACUAAGAAUCUUCAAUUCCCCCACUUUAGGAAGAGUGCUUAUUUUCUUAGGAGUCCAGACACCAGAAUAAUCAAACUACUUGUUCCUAAAUUACUAAAACAGGUUCUUAAAUUUCUGUUCUGACGAUGCUGAAGUAGAAUAAUUAUGUGGUUUCCUCUCACAUCAGUGAAAUCAGUACAUAAUGAGGGAGAAAAAAGAACAUAUGCCAAUUGUUUCAAAAUUAAAUAGAACAGAUGAUAAGAUUCUGGACACCUGAGUCCUUGUACAAUACAGUCUGUCCGGACAGUAAGCACUAUAGAGACACAGGAACAGUUUCAACUGGAACAAAAUAAAUGAGUGACUUUACAGUUUGACUUGGAACUGGCACAGGAAAACUCUUUUCACCUAAGAGGCUACAGAGUGCAAAUGGUUAAUGCAUCCCUGAACAUCUCAAGCACAUGUUGUGACCACCCUGACUGUGCAGCCCACAAUAGAACUCCCAUCCUGGUGUGUCCACACUUCAGUCAUGCCACUUGAAAUCAUGCUUUCCCCUGAGACAUUUAAUAAUAAAGUAAGAAGAGAUCCUUUCCUUCCAGUGAGGAUUUCUGAUUUCUCUCCUCUCAAAGAAAUGCUUUUAC